GCCCGUUUGCUUCACGGGUCCUGCCGGUCAGGAUCAAAUCAAUCAUUGACUUGCCCUCUAACGUAAUCAGUUGAAAGUGACUUCAAGUUUCUUCAGCAUGCCUGCAGCACUUGUGGAGAACAGCCAGGUCAUCUGUGAAGUCUGGGCCAGCAAUCUGGAAGAAGAGAUGAGGAAGAUCCGAGAAACCGUGCUCAGUUACAGUUAUAUUGCCAUGGACACAGAAUUUCCAGGUGUUGUGGUGUGACCCAUUGGUGAAUUUCAUAGUUCCAUAGAUUACCAGUAUUAGCUUUUACGGUGCAGUGUUGACCUUUCAAAAAUUAUCCAGCUGGGCCUUACAUUCACGAAUGAGAAGGGAGAAUAUCCUUCUGGAAUCAACACUUGGCAGUUCAACUUCAAAUUCAACCUUACAGAGGACAUGUACUCCCAGGAUUCCAUAGAUCUCCUUGCUAACUCAGGACUGCCGUUUCAGAAGCAUGAAGAGGAAGGAAUUGACACAUUGCACUUUGCAGAGCUGCUUAUGACAUCAGGGGUGGUUCUCUGUGACAACGUCAAAUGGCUUUCAUUUCACAGUGGCUAUGAUUUUGGCUACAUGGUAAAGUUAUUUACAGAUUCUCGUUUGCCAGAAGAGGAGCAUGAAUUCUUUCAUAUUCUGAACCUUUUCUUCCCAUCCAUUUAUGAUGUGAAAUACCUGGUGAAGAGUUGCAAAAAUCUUAAGGGAGGUCUACAGGAAGUUGCUGAUCAGUUGGAUUUGCAGAGAAUUGGAAGGCAGCACCAGGCAGGCUCAGACUCACUGCUGACAGGAAUGGCAUUCUUCAGGAUGAAAGAGUUGUUUUUUGAGGACAGUAUUGAUGAUGCCAAGUACUGUGGGUGGCUCUAUGGCCUAGGUACGGGAGUGGCCCAGAAGCAGAACGAGGAUGUGGACUCUGCCCAGGAGAAGAUGAGCAUCCUGGCGAUCAUCAACAACAUGCAGCAGUGAUGGCGACGAGGCUCUGCAGGGUGGGCCCAGUCCCAGAGUGGUGCUUAACAUGCUGACUGUGUAUACUUAUCUUCCUCCCCAAGAGAA